AUGAACAUUUAUGUACAGCGAGAUGAUGCUUCUCUGGGUGAAAUUCAUCGGUUUCGUGUCUGUAUUGAAACCAAUGCCACUGUAGAACCCUCACAUAAAGAAGAAAAUACAAGGAAUUCAACCCUUCAGCCAACUUCUACAUCUCUUUUGGGUCUCCGCAAUGGCCCAUCAGACUUCGAAGAAUCAAAGAAUGAGCCUACCAUCUCAAGUUCCGUUCAUUCUUCCUUAAAGUCUUUUUCCCUGGCCCCGGACAGAUAUUCUGCUUUACCAAGUACUGUUCAUCAACCCCCUAUUAGGCCUGAAGGGAAGCCUCGUGUAUCCCAAUCUAGUGAUAUGCCAUCAUCAAAGACUGCGAUAAAUACCAAAGACUUGCAACAAAGCUCUCCUACAUCGGAGAAUGAAUUACCUUAUUCCGUUCGUCGCUCUUCCGCCACUGAUCAUACAGUCCCUUUAACCCGAUCCCCAACUUCAGUUGUUUGGGUGCGAGUCAGAAACAAAGAACCUCGGUUUCGAAAAGCGUCCUACCUUCAAGGUCCUUUUACUUUAUGUGUAAGUGUAUGGAAUGACUUUUUUUGCUCUGAAGAAAAUUCCCUUUUGAGCUUUGAACCACAGGUACAACCAUCGUCUAGUUUCUGGGUCUGCAUUCCUUAUGCAUGCUACUCAAAUAAUAAGCCAAUACACAUCGAAAUUGCUAGCCAAGCUAUUUUCAGAGACUGCCGUGUUAGUUUUGAAAUAGCCAUUGCGACCACGCAGCAAUCCAUUCGUGCCAUGUCGGCUGCUGAAGUCGAUACCCUGCAUGCGUUCCCAUCCCUUCAUAUAGAACACACUAGUCCAUCUGCUUUAUGGAAAAUACCCCCCUCUUCAUUUCAAGCCGAUAAGUCGCAUUUGGUAAUCUUAACUCAUGGAAUGCACUCCAAUGUUGGCGCUGAUAUGGAGUACUUAAAAGAGCAAAUUAUAAAGUCUGCGGACGAAAACGGCGAACUUGUGGUUGUACGAGGAUACAGGGGGAAUUAUUGCCAAACAGACAAAGGAGUCCGAUGGCUUGGGAAACGACUUGCUGAAUGGCUCCUCGAAAUACUUGGUUGGGGAACAAGCUCUUUUCCUAGGUAUUCUCAUAUUUCUUUUGUCGGGCACUCCUUAGGAGGUCUAGUUCAAACGUAUGCAGCAGGAUACGUGCAUGCAAAAACUCACGGUCGCUUUUUCCAAGCUGUUCAUCCUCUUCAUUUCGUCACAUUAGCCACUCCUUGGCUUGGGGUUGCAGCUGAACAUCCGUUCUAUGUUGGAAAGGCCUUAUCUUAUGGUAUCAUCGGUCGUACUGGCCAGGACCUAGCAUUAACGUCUAGUGCGCAUCCCAUAGAGCCAAGACCAUUUUUAGUCGUGAUGUCUGAUCCUGCUUCACCUUUUCAUCAGGCAGUGUCUCUUUUUGAGCAUCGAACACUUUUUGCCAACACAACAAAUGAUUACAUUGUUCCAUACGGCACCAGUGCUAUAAAACCUAAUUCUUUAGGUCAGUUGGAUGGUAAUAUAGAAAAUCGAAAGAAAAAUUUGCCUGCUGGAUCGCAUGAUCAUUUGGAUAUCCCUUCUGCGGGCCAACCUACAGACGGUACGCAUUAUGCCAAUAUUACAUCUGAAAGGCAUCGUUGUUCUGACACUAUCCCCAAUUCCGAGAUUCCUUCGAAAACAAAGAGCUCAUCAUUUUCAAAUGCCUUUAAAGCAUUAGCUGGCCUAUUUAGUACUCCUUCAUCCCAACAUUCCCUUCCCGAUGAUGCCACUAAUGAAUUAUCAACCGCUCAAAACUUAAAAGACUCAAAGCUCGAAAAUAGGGCAGCGGAAGCUGCAAAUGAACCAACACGGGCUUACUCGUAUCCUACGAAAAAAUCGAAAUCCACGAGUACUCUAUCUGGAUUAGCUAACCGUUUGAUCAAUACUGUUACGAAUUUGCUUAUUCCAGCUGUUCCUUCUUCUAUUUACUUUUUAAAGUUCAAAUCUUUUAACGCUAUAGUUUCUGAUGAAAUGUGCGAAGCUAUGAGCGUUGAGGCCCACGAUAUUGACCCGUUUUUAGCAAACGACCACAAGCCAUCAUUGACGGCUACGGAUUUUCUACUCAACGAAAAUAUUAUAUCUUCCAAUUGGCAUCGACAAUCAUGGAGAAAGGUAUCUGUCCAUUUGGAUGGUGAUGCUCACAAUAGUCUUUUCGUUAGAAGACGAUUUCCUAAUGCUUACGGUUGGACAUCUGUUGGGCACCUAAUGGAUAUUUUAUUUCAAAAAAACAAUCUGGAAACUUAUGGUGGUCCUGUUCAAUUUGAUGAACUGACAACGGCUGCCUGGUUAUCAGAAAUUUACGAAGAACAUGAAAUAGCUUAA